GUUUGUCAAGCGAUGAAGGAAAGAAGAGGCUUGAGAUAUUUGGGGCAAACAAGCUUGAAGAGAAAUCAGAGAACAAGUUUUUGAAAUUCUUGGGGUUCAUGUGGAAUCCUCUCUCAUGGGUUAUGGAGUCUGCUGCAAUCAUGGCCAUUGUUUUAGCAAACGGAGGAGGAAAGCCACCGGAUUGGCAAGAUUUUAUUGGUAUUAUGGUGUUGCUUAUCAUCAACUCCACCAUCAGUUUCAUCGAGGAAAAUAAUGCUGGCAAUGCCGCUGCAGCUCUCAUGGCCAAUCUUGCCCCUAAGACUAAGGUGUUGAGAGAUGGAAAAUGGGGGGAGCAAGAAGCUGCAAUCUUGGUUCCGGGUGAUCUGAUAAGCAUCAAAUUGGGUGACAUUGUUCCUGCUGAUGCUCGUCUUCUCCAGGGAGAUCCUCUCAAAAUUGACCAAUCGGCUCUUACCGGUGAAUCCCUUCCAGUCACCAAACACCCUGGAGAUGAAGUAUUCUCAGGAUCAACCUGCAAGCAAGGUGAGAUUGAGGCUGUUGUGAUUGCUACAGGUGUCCACACCUUCUUUGGCAAGGCUGCUCAUCUUGUUGACAGCACCAACAAU